CAGCCGUCGAGAUCAGAGACGCCUACCUGCCAUCGUAGUUGUGUUUAUACUGGCUGAUCAUUUUCGUUCGAUUUAAUCCCCUGACAAUAUUUCGUGAAAAGCGUGCCGAGUCACGCCGAACAGCGGCACAUUACAUGGUUUAAGAGGAAAUUGACCCAGAAACUGUACUGUUGGCAACGUCAAAAUGGCUUGGCGUUUCAAAGCGUCUAAGUAUAAAAAUGCAGCUCCCAUUGUUCCUAAACCGGAGGCAUGUAUCAGAGAUAUUUCAGUUGGUUCUUAUCAGACAUAUGGCAACAACAUUGCGGCAUCUGCUGCAUUCAUGGCAUUCAAUGUAGAUCACAAUGGAUCUAGCCUUGCUGUACUACCGCUGGAAGACUGCGGCAGAAAAAGUAAAACUAUGCCUUUGCUACAUGCUCAUGCUGACACAGUAACAGAUAUGGACUUUUCUCCAUUUCAUGAUGGUUUACUAGCUACCGGUUCACAGGAUUGUCUUGUCAAGCUAUGGCACAUUCCAGAAACAGGUUUAGAAGAGUCUUUAUGCAAUCCUGAAUGUACAUUUUCCCACCGUCAGAGAAGAGUAGAAGCAGUGUGUUGGCAUCCUGCGGCUGAACACCUCCUUACUACAGUGUCGUACACAAAUUUAUCUUUGUGGGACGUGAUUUCGCAACAAGAGCUAUUUUCCAAUAGCGAGCACACGGAAGUGAUCCAGUCGCUAAGCUGGAAACAAGAUGGAGUGCUUUUAGCAACAUCUUGUAAAGAUAAACAAGUGAGAAUUAUAGAUCCCCGUGCCUCCGCUUGCGUCGUUAACUCCUGCUCGAGUCACCAAAGUAUCAAAGACUCUAGAAUUGUCUGGCUUAAUAAUAGCGAGAGGAUACUCACUACCGGAUUCGAUGCCGCGAGACUUCGCCAGGUUUAUAUAAGGGACUUGAGACACCUGAACGAACCCGUGAAAACGUUGGAAUUGGAUUGCAGCACCGGAAUUCUAAUGCCUCUCUUUGAUCCCGAUACAAACAUGCUUUUCCUUGCUGGAAAAGGGGACACUACUAUCAUAUACAUGGAAGUUAUGGAUAAGGAUCCGUUCCUAGUCGAAGGAAUUCGUCAUAGCGGAGAGCAAACUAAAGGAGUGUGUUUAGUACCAAAACGAGCAUUGAACGUCAUGCAGGCGGAAGUUAAUAGAUUACUGCAGCUCACUUCGAACAUGGUGAUACCGAUUAUGUACCAGGUUCCGAGAAAAACGUACAGAGAUUUCCAUGCAGACAUAUAUCCGGAUACAACAGGUUGCGUUGCACAAAAUAAUGCAGCGGCGUGGAUUAAAGGCCAUAAUAUGCCUGUUCCGAAAAUAUCGUUAGACCCGGCCAAGAGAAAUAAAGGGGAGGAACCCAUUACGGUACACAAGGGAAACUUAACAACGCUCAAAGAGAAUGAGCGCGAAAUAAAAAUGGAACAGAAGCAACCGAAGCCUGUAUCUAUCGCCGUGCCGAAAGGUUACGCGAAAGGUCAGGCGAACGAGAAAGAAUCAUCGCCAGAAAACGACGCCGAGAAGAUAGAAGAAACGAAGAAAUUGGACUUCGAUGAAGAUAAGUGUAAAGUUCAAAACGGAGGGCAGACGAUCCCGCCGAAGCCUUUGCCCAGAACCUCAAGAACCAACAGCAUAUCCGAGGACGAAGUACUGGUGAAGCCAGUCGCACGACCCCGGUCCUCGCUGAACCCGGGCUGUGUAGUAACGUCUGUGAACCCCAAUGCGAUCGGGGGAUACAAGCCUCGAUUGGGACCGAAACCGUUUCAAGCGAAGCCCACGAGCCAAGAGUUCUCCUUCGACAAGAUUUUCUCGGUUCCUAUCGCACCGAACAGCGACACGAACGGUUAUCAGAACGACGUGAUUAACCAGAUAGAGAAUAAUACGGAGCCAGAGAAGUCGCCGUCGUUUAACAACGAGCGUAUCAAGGAAGCUGAGAAUGGAAAAAGCGAUUCCAGUUCUCUGGAGGAGGACGCGAAUUCCAGCGAUUCCGGGUACAAGCCGAAAACCCCGAGCACGGCGGAAAGGCGCAGAGUGUUCGAGACGAAGGUCAAGGACGAGUCGCCGGAGAACGAGGACCUAGGGAAUUUCGAGCGCGGUGGCGCGAACAGAAACUCGAUCGCCGAAAGACGACGGCUUUACGAGAGCCGUUCCGUCUCCGUGACCGACGGAAAUUUGGCGGAGAAAGCGAUGGGCUCGCCAACAAUGUUGAGACGAAGGGAUUCGUUCAAGACGAAAAGCGAAGUGAUUAAGGAGGACGAGGUGAAGAAAGUCAUCCCCAUGUUGCGUCAGCAGAGCAUGGACCCGCGUUUAGAAAAAGUAGACACUAUAACGCCAACUGCUAAAAGGACGUCGACUGUGUUCGGCAGGGUAUCGAAAUUCAGACACUUGAAAGGGACACCUGGUCAUAAAUCCACACACAUUGAAAACAUACGGAACAUCAGUCGGCAGAUAUCUGGGGAAUGCGAUGGUUUUCAUGCUAAUUCUGAUCGCGUCGCUGUACCAUUGAGCGGGCCAGGCGGUAAAAUAGCAGUUUUAGAACUGAAAAAGGUCGGAAGACUACCGGACGGUGUAAUGCCAGCAUUAGUGCAUGGCACCACUGUAAUGGAUUUCCAAUGGAAUCCGUUCGAUAAUCAACAAUUAGCAGUUGCCUGCGACGAUGGAAUGAUACGAUUAUGGGAGAUACCGGAAUCCGGAUUGUCAGAGCCAACAAACGAACCAAAGCACAUGAUAAACGCUCACAGCGACAAAAUAUAUUUAAUUAAAUUUCACCCGUUGGCGUCGGACAUACUAGCGUCGGCAUCUUACGACAUGACCGUAAAAAUUUGGGAUCUGACGCUUCUCUGGUCCUGCGAGGUGGCUGUCGCAAGAAUAACAUUAAUUGGUCACGUCGAUCAGAUCGUCAGCCUAGCAUGGUCGCCUUGCGGACAGUAUCUUGCGAGUGCAUGCAAGGAUGGAAAGUUACGAAUUUAUAAGCCAAGAUCUAGCGACGUGCCGGUGAAAUGCGGGAAAGGACCUGUUGGUACCAGAGGCGCACGAGUCGUAUGGGCGUUGAAAGGACAGUUUCUCGUUGUGAUGGGAUUCGACAAAGUAUCCGAGAGGCAAAUAUACGUGUUUAAAACAGACAAUCUGAAUAAUCCAUUGACCACGGUCGGGUUAGACGUGUCGCCUGCCAUAUUGAUGCCAUAUUACGACGAGGAUAGCUCGACCCUUUUCUUAACCGGACGCGGUGAUUCAACGAUAUAUGCUUUCGAGGUAACGGAAGAAGCUCCCUACUGCUGUCCACUCAGUCAUCAUCGAUGUAGCAGUUUACAUCAAGGUUUAUCGUUUCUUCCCAAGAACAAAUGCGACGUUGCUAGCGUAGAAUUUGCCUCUGCUUUAAGAUUAACAAACAACACAAUAGAACCCUUGAGUUUCACUGUCCCACGUAUAAAGAGUGAACUUUUCCAAGACGAUUUAUUCCCACCCACGAAAGUCACAUGGAAACCGACCAUGACCGCUACCGAAUGGUUCAACGGAGCCAACAAACAAGCCUACAGAAUAAGCCUAAAGCCACCCGGUAUGGAUAAUUUAACUGAAAGUCAAGGCCAAGGGGUAGUUACUGCACCAGUCACAGCGAAACAACAACCACCCCCAGUCCCGUUCUCUGUGUCUUCGCAACCCUUCAGCAGACUCGGAUGGAAUCCCGAUGUGAAAGCCAGGCAAGAAGAGAUCCAAAAAGCUAUGAGCAACUUCGUGGGGGAUGUAAUACAGUGCACGUUGGAACAGGAUCACAUGGAGGGUGUGGAGGAGCACGAAUGGGACGAGUGAAGAUUAAGCAGCGUCGAUAGGUCAUUGAAAUAAAGCAGUAAGAUAAAAUGAAUUUAAAUGUAGCUGUUCGAACCGUAAUUUAUUUCUAAGUUAAAAGCCACGGCAUAAGCGGAAGGUAUUUCGGUAUUAAUGUGUACGUGGCGAGAGAUAUUUAUAGUUGGAAUUAAUACUUCCAAAAAAAAUUUCCCCUCAGAAAGAACAAACGGUACGCGUGCGAUUACUUGAAUUGUGGUAACUUUUUAACAUAGGGUAUAAUUACACGGAUUAUUGUACCAAAUUAAUAUAAGGGAGGAAAAAAAAACGAACGGGAGAGUAAGAAAAUUUCAAAUAGAGAAGACGAGAUCCCGUAAUUGCAUUUCUUAUCCAUAGUCGAUUUCCGUUAACCUGCCAUUCUAUCAUUCAAUCGAUAUUAAGAAUAAUUAUAUAAAAUAAUUAUCAACAGGCAGCUGUACUAGAGAUUUAGAAUUACAGAUAUUCACGGAAACCUAUCAGAAUUUGACAAUAGUUUUUGAGUAUAUAAUUAAGGUGUGUCACGUAAACGAGUAAUUUCGAAUAUGAUGGUACUAUAUCAAAGUGUGUCUAACGCAGAUUUAAAUGAAACGAAUUUAACGAAUAAUUUCGUUUCUUUGCUCCCGAGACGUGUCUCAAAAUAUAUUAUUUAUUACGUUAGAAGCGUGCAAAGGGUACGUGCCAUUUACGAUUAUGGAACACAGGAAAAUUUAGCGUAUUGUUAAUCGGAAAUGGGCGUUGCUUGAACGUAUACUUACGUAACCUAGAUCGGGUAAUUUUAUUUUUUAUCAUUUAUGUACUAAUUUAUUUACUAUGCUUAUUUACUCUCGCUUCUUGAACGAAAUAAAGUUUUAUUGAAACGGAAAGUUUAUUUCCAGAUAAACAGUUUGCUGUUAUUAUUUAUUAUCUGGCCAAGUAUUCGAACAAGCAUUGCUCGUUUCUACUGUUAAACAACAGUAUUUAUGAUCCGUAAAAAUUAGUCUUGAUGAAGUAAUAUUAUAUAAUUUAUAUAUAAUAAAUAUCUGUUAGUGCCACGUAUCUUUCUUUAAACGACAGAUCAUCACCAAUGAUAGUUUCAGUGUAUACACUAUCGUAAUAUAAUCAUCAUACGUGUGAUAUUAGCGAUCGCGAUCUUUUUUUUUUUCGUGAAACAAGGAUAGAAAUUUGUACGAUACCUCGUAAUACCCACACGCACAUACUAUAUGAGAUAAAACAAAUAGAUAAAAGGUACACCACGUUACAUCGUAAGUCGAUAAUUAAGUUGUAUGGCGAAGUAUACAGAAAAUGACUGAUUCAGCACUUUCCAAGAUCUAUAAACAAUGAUCGUAUAAUAAUUCUCUCGAACGUAGUGAAUAAACCACUUUUAUACUCUUCAAAUUACGCCAAGAUAUUUGUAAAAACAGCAAUGUUGAAGGUUCACCGAAUGUAUCAUAAACGUGAAACAGAUUUUUUUUUUUUUUCUUUUUUUUUUCUCCUAUUCAUUGUACUUCGGUGAUUGAAACGUUAAAAUGCGAAUUCCAUGUUUAUCGAUGGCCAGCGAACGAGCAAGAAUUAUUUAAGUACGAAAGAAAUGUUUUAGAUCGCAACGUAAUUACAAAGAUGCGUAUUUUUUCUAUGUAAUAUACUAUAAAUUUAUACUUUUAGUGCUCCGAUAGGGAUUAAGCGUAAUUUUAGCAAUGAUUUACUAUUUAACGAUGUCCACAAAAUAUUCGUUCGUAAAAGUUUCUGUAAUCGGUAAGGUGCGUCAGCGUUUAGUCGAAAUGUGCAAAACGAUUCUGUACAAAUGCAUUUUUACUCGAUUUAGGGUUUAUUGCGACAACGUAGUCUAACUGUCCGUAAUGAUAGUUUUCUUGUUACUGCUAAGAAUAUGCUCGUGUUCCUAUUUCUACGAUCGAAAGCAAUUUUUGUAUGGAUACAGAUCCCUCCAGUUUAGUAUAUUGAAUUCGUAACGUGUUUCCAUCCGUAAACAUGGGAUUCGCUACUUGAUACGGGAACCGUGCACACUUUAUACUUUUAUAUUCGAAUGUCAUAAUUUAUUCUUCGUAUGUAAAAAAUUGAACUUAUGGUGCUAUGCCCUUUUGACAAACCCUAGCGAGUACGUAGUUGCUGAUGAAAGUACGACAAACCGCACGAAUAAUUCUCGAUAGGACACGAACGAUCGCAGUUUUGCUCAACGGUCCAAAAUGACAUUCCACUUUUGUACUUUGCCAUAUUUGUGGACAGGGUUGGGCAUUUGAUCGACCGAUUAAUCGGAAAUUGAUCCCGAUUAACGUCAGUCGGUUGCUGAAAUUAAUCACUCGUAGCAAUUAACAAUUAAAUCAAUCGCAAAUCGCUCGUUACGAUUAACAAGUAAAGUAAAUUAAUGGUAAUGGUCCUUCGGUAGCGUCUAAUCGAAAUCAUUAAAACUUUCUUGUCACAUAUGUACAAAUUUAACGAUUCAAACAUACAAGGUAUGGCCAAACCCGGGGAAAAUUUUAAUGGGGUAUUUUAGAGGCCAAAAUAAGACGAAAAUCAA